CGCUAAGAUGGAUCAAGUAACGAAGCUACGCAUGAACCUGGAAAAACAGGAAAGCCUCAUCAAGUUGGGCAUCCUAACGACGGCGGCUAUUCUGUCCUUCUCAACUCGUCUGUUCUCCGUCCUGCGGUUCGAGAGUGUGAUACACGAGUUCGAUCCGUACUUUAACUAUCGCACCACGAAGCAUCUGGCCGAGCAAGGGUUUUACAACUUCCACAACUGGUUCGACGAUCGAGCGUGGUACCCGCUCGGCCGUAUCAUCGGUGGUACCAUCUAUCCCGGUCUGAUGGUGACCUCCGCCGUACUGUACCGACUGAUGUGGCUCGUCAACAUUACCGUCGACAUACGGAACGUGUGCGUGUUUCUGGCACCGUUCUUUUCCUCCCUCACCACCAUCGUGACGUACCUGCUGACGAAGGAGAUACACAGUAGCGGUGCGGGAUUGGUCGCCGGUGCAAUGAUUUCGAUCGUGCCGGGAUACAUCUCACGCUCGGUUGCCGGUUCGUACGACAAUGAAGGUAUUGCGAUCUUCUGUAUGUUGCUAACGUACUACACCUGGAUCAAGGCGGUCAAGACGGGUGCGAUCCUGUGGGCGACGUUUGCUGCGCUCGCCUACUUCUACAUGGUAUCGUCCUGGGGUGGGUACGUGUUUCUGAUCAACUUGAUCCCACUGCACGUGCUGGCACUGAUGGCGACCGGUCGGUUUACGCAUCGAGUCUAUAUCGCCUACAGCACACUGUACACGAUCGGCACCAUCCUGUCGAUGCAGAUCUCGUUCGUUGGUUUUCAGCCGGUCCAAAGCUCGGAGCAUAUGCUUGCGUUCGGCGUGUUUGGUUUGUGCCAGUUGCACGCGUUCGUCGAUUACGUACGUUCGGCCGUACCCAAGGAACACUUUGAAACACUGUUUCAAGCGCUGAUCGUGACCAUCGCCUCGGUUGCAGCCCUGAUCGGACUGGCCCUCACCGUAACUGGCAAAAUUUCACCCUGGACCGGUCGAUUCUACUCUCUGCUCGAUCCGUCCUACGCCAAAAAUCACAUCCCCAUCAUUGCGUCCGUUUCCGAGCAUCAGCCGACGUCCUGGUCAUCUUUCUACUUUGAUCUGCAAAUACUCGUAUUCCUAUUUCCGGCCGGACUUUACUUCUGCUUUUCGAAGCUUUCGGAUGCAAACAUUUUCAUCAUCCUGUACGGUGUGACCAGUAUUUAUUUUGCCGGCGUAAUGGUACGUCUAAUGCUGGUACUGGCACCGGUCAUGUGCAUUCUGUCCGGUAUUGCCAUUUCUCACCUGCUCACCAAGUACAUCCGCAAUAUGGACGUGAGCGGUGCGAAUGUGGCGACCGUCCCGGAAAGCAGCAACCGCAAGACGAAGGCACGGUACGAGCAACAAUCGUCGGUGAAAAAUGAGGUAGCGAUUGGGUUUGUGCUGCUCGUAACCUUCCUGCUCGUCACGUACACGUUUCACUGCACCUGGGUAACGUCGGAAGCGUACAGUUCGCCAAGCAUCGUGCUGAGCGCCCGUUCGCAGGACGGUGGACGGAUCAUUUUCGAUGAUUUCCGCGAGGCGUACUACUGGCUAAAGAUGAAUACACCCGAGGAUGCACGCGUAAUGUCUUGGUGGGAUUACGGUUACCAAAUAACGGCCAUGGCUAAUCGUACCAUUCUGGUGGAUAACAAUACCUGGAACAAUACGCACAUUUCGCGCGUCGGACAAGCGAUGGCAUCGACCGAGGAGAAGGCGUACGAAAUCAUGAAAGAGCUAGACGUGGACUACGUGCUGGUCAUUUUCGGAGGACUCACUGGCUACUCGUCGGAUGACAUCAACAAAUUCCUUUGGAUGGUACGCAUCGGUGGCAGUACGGAUCGUGGCGCACACAUUAAGGAGAUGGACUACUACGCACCCAGCGGUGACUUCCGGAUCGACAAGGAAGGAUCGCCCGUCUUGCUCAACUGUUUAAUGUACAAGAUGUGCUACUAUCGCUUCGGGCAGGUGUACACGGAGGGUGGCAAAGCGCCCGGUUACGAUCGGGUGCGGGGGGCCGAGAUCGGGAACAAAGACUUCGAGCUGGAUGUGCUGGAGGAGGCGUACACGACCGAACACUGGCUGGUCCGGAUUUACAAGGUGAAAGAUCUAAGCAAUCGUGGUGUGUAA